AUGGAUAAAUUUCUAAAUCUGAAAAGAAAAUCUCCAUCAACCGAUGAUAUUCACCUAGACGACAUGCCACAUGAUCCCGGAGAAAGAAAAGGGAUUCAUGAAUAUGAUCAUAAUCAAAUAGACGAGGUGAGACACAAGUACUUGACUAGAGGACCUUGUCAACCUCGUGGGCAUAGUUUUAAGCAAAGAGUUAUCUCAGGUGCAUUAAGGCGGUUUAAUCCUUCUUGGUUUGAUCAGUAUGGUGAUUGGUUGGAAUACAGUGUCAAGAAAGAUAAGGCAUAUUGUGCGGUAAAUAGCUUUCACAACGUAGCCAAAAAGAAGUGUGAAGAUUUGAUGAGACAAGGUCAUUCAAUCAAACAUGCUUUUCAAAAGCAAACCGAUGUUGUAAAAAAAGAGUAUCGUAUCCGACUAAAUGCUUCAGGCGAUGCUGCUAGAUACUUACUGAAACAAGGAUUACCGUUUCGUGCUCAUGAUGAGACAGUCGAUUCUAGCAGCAAAGGACAUUUUUUGGAGUUAGUGAAAUAUACUGCUGCACAGAAUGAAGAUGUGAGUAAGGUUGUGCUGAAGAAUGCUCCUGGAAAUAAUCAAAUGGUGUCUCAUCCUAUUCAAAAAGACAUUGUUAAUUGCUUUUCGGAAGAAGUAAUUAAUUCCAUAGUUCAAGAGAUGGACAAUGAUGUGUUUGCUUUAUUGGUGGAUGAAUCAGCUGAUUUCUUGAGUCUGAAAAAGGUGAGAGGACAAGGCUAUGAUGGAGCAGGAAAUAUGAGAGCUUCUUGUAAAAGGAAAGAUAAGAUGCGAGAAAUUCAGCGGGAUAUAAUUGAAAAGAGAAUAAGCAGUGGUGAAAUCAAGAAUGGAAAAGGACUGAAUCAAGAGUCUUCUCUUCCAAGACCAGGAAGUACACGUUGGGGUUCUCAUUAUGAAAUGUUGCUGCGGUUAGUUGAGAUGUUUUCUUCUGUGGAUGAGAUGCUUAUGUACGUCGAGGAUGAAGAGAACUUGUCACUGGCCUUGCAACUAAAAGAUCAAGACAUCCUAAAUGCUGUCUCAUUAGUAGAAUCCACUAAGCGGCAACUACAGAAGUUCAGAGAUGAUGGCUGGGAUUCUUUUGUGAAUGAUGUUUCAGCUUUUUUAUUGGAUAUGGAGCUUCAAGAGUUUAAUGGUCGCUUUAACGAGGUAAACUCUGAGUUACUCGUUUGCACAUCAGCUUUAAGUCCUACUGCUUCAUUCCGUGAGUUUGAUAAAGAAAAGUUAUUGAGACUGGCUAAAUUCUAUCCUGAGGAUUUUAGUGUUUUUGAGUGCAUAUCACUUAAGCAGCAACUUAGACAUUUAUAUUGA